AUGGUAUAUGAAAAAAAGCUGGAUGGAAAGCAGCAGCAAGCAGAGAUUUGGGCUGUAGCAAGGCCACGACACUAUCCACCCACCGUCGUUGAAGUGAUAGUGGAAAGAAACAUCGCCCGAAACCUGCGUGUCCUUCAUUCAAAUCGCAUGCUUCCUUUCCACCUCAUCUCGAACGCUUCCAACACCUUCUAUCGCCCCAGAGCUCCUCUCCCUCUCAGCAUAUUCUAUCUGACUGAAACUCCCAAAUCCACACUACUCCUCAGAAAAAAAAAUUCCCUUUCGAUAUCUAUCUUCACAAUGCCUACCCUACCCUACCAUAUUCCCGACCCAUCAUAUCCAAUGCCUCUCGAGAGCUCUGCUGACAUCGACAAACUGAACAAGGAUGUACGCUGUUAUUCCAUUUCACAAGACUUCUUUCACACGUAUCCGCGCCGACAACCGGCAGCCAGGGAUGGAAGUUUCUUACGUCGUGCUAGAGAGGUACGUGACGCGACAGACUUGCACCGUCCAAAGCAGAUUCGGAGGUGGACGCCAGGAGAUCGUUCAGCGGUCCUAUGGCCAGUUUUCAUUCGAAGGUUCGAUGAGCACAUGCAGGAAUUUGCAUGCCACGAUGCUGAACUGAACGUCGACUGGAUAGAGUGGUAUUUGGGCUGGCAUCCCAUAAGUCUGCGACCAAAGGUUUACUUCGUCGCCUUUUCAUGCUCGACUUCCAGGCGCAAUUCGGUCACUCACUGUCCGCCAGCGACUGUACCUAAGCAAACUAAUACCGUGAGAAUACCGGCGCCACUGAGCAUCAUGCCGGCUCCGGUGCAAUUGUCGCCGAUGUUUGUCCCGUCAAAGAUGGUAUACUUCUCACCAAUGAGACCAAUGUCGUCCAUCCCGUCCCAAACCUUGUUGGCCCAAUUUGAAAUAUGUUUGGUUGAAGAGGCCACCAUUCGAGGCACUGUUCCUGUAUCAGAUAUAUCCAAUGUGAAGAUUCUGCCAUCGAAGACCUCCAGCGCAGUCCGCAGCAUCCCAACGUGCAGCUUGGGAGUUGAAGACGCCUUGGGCGAGCGCGAGCCAACCUGGCUCGUCAUCCGACGGAUUGUCAAAGUUCUAUUCAGCCGCCGUCAUUGCCGCAGCACCGCAAAAAUAUUGGUCGUCGUUUCCUUCAGCCUUGGUCUGGUUGGGAGGCAUGUAAUUGUCGUCUGGACCAAUCUGGAAAAGCAAGCCAUCUUUUACGAUUUUGUUGUACGUCGUAUACGGUAUCGCUGGUAUAAUCCGCAUUCCCACCAGUCUGCGAAUCAAGAACUGAGAGUUUGGGAUGAUGUUACAGUUCGGAUCACCGAGCUCUCCAGGUAUCAUGCCAGUUUCUACGCCCGCCGCCGCCUGACAUAUGAAGCGCAUUAUAGCUUUCCCACACCAAAGAAAGCUUCAAGCAAUGGAUUAAGAGAGUUGCGGAAGAGAGCAUCGCCGCCCACAUCUCAGGGAGAGACAACGUCGGCUGAGGUGGGUUCGCAACCAGUUGUUGACGUACCUUUCAGAUUCGCGUCUGUGGACCCAUUCGUAAUCAACAACGUCUCGGGCGUGUUCACUCUCUUGGCAGCUGGCACAUGCAGACCGCAAGCCUUGGGCGGGCCGUUCCUAAGGAUUUCCUUCCCAGGCUUGGUCCACGGUAAUGUUUCUUAUCGACGUUUCACCGAAGUGAAGGCGACGUCUUGUCAGGCUUGUGUUUGGGUGAUGAACACGCCUGAUCGUGUUCCCGCAUCAACGACGACUCUCAUAAUCUCUUUCCGUCCUUCAGAGAUCAUUCGGAUAGGUUCCACGGGCUCUGUAAGAACAGGAGGCGUAAGAGGACUUCCACCUCGUCCGAUGCGAUUGUACUGA